CAUCGGUCACCACAGCACCAGCGACGACAGCUCGGCGUACCGGUCGGUGGACGAGGUGAAUUAUUGGGAUAAGCAGGAUCAUCCCAUCUCCCGGCUGCGGCACUACAUGCUGAGCCGCGGCUGGUGGGACGAGGAGGAGGAGAAAAGCUGGCGCAAAAGCUCCCGCAAGAUGGUGAUGGAGGCGUUCGAGCAAGCGGAGCGGAAACCGAAACCCAACCCGCAGUUCCUUUUCUCCGACGUUUACCGGGAGAUGCCGCCUCACCUGCGGCGGCAGCGGGCGGCUCUGGAACGGCACCUGCAGCAUUACGGGGAGCACUACCCCCUCGAGCAGUUCGAAAAGUGA